CUCACUCGCUGCCGCGCUUAUAUGACGUCACGCCGCGUCAUUGACAUCCGACGGAACGCCGCACAAGUCAAAACGGAGUCGCAAUCAUGCUCUUCUACUCCUUCUUCAAGUCGCUGGUGGGCAAAGAUGUGGUGGUGGAGCUGAAGAACGACCUCAGCAUAUGUGGAACUCUUCACUCGGUUGACCAGUACCUGAAUAUUAAGCUCACAGAUAUCAGCGUGACCGAUCCAGAGAAAUAUCCACACAUGUUGUCCGUUAAAAACUGUUUCAUCCGCGGCUCGGUGGUGCGCUACGUGCAGCUGCCCGCCGACGAAGUGGACACUCAGCUCCUCCAGGACGCCGCACGCAAAGAAGCCAUGCAGCAGAAGCAGUGAUGCAUGCUGGGGCGCGGAAGGGAGGGGCGGGGCAUCAAUGAAGAUGGCCAAUCUCAGCUCUCCUCACCUAAGUUGUUUUUUUUUUAACCACAGACUUCUUUGCAGCAAAAUAAUUUUUUACUACUUAUAAUGGAAAUAUCUUCAAUUUCGUUUGGAGUGAAGAAAAGUUGGAGGCCAGCAGAAUCACUUGCAUGACUUUCUUAGUUUACCUUAGUUUUAAUGUCACGUGACUUUUCUUUUGGCCUUGGUAGACUUUGUUUGGUAAAUGCCAGCAUGCGUGGCAAAUAAAGAUACAAAAUCUUA